AGGUGCGACCUUGAAUUCAUUACGUAAAUACUGAGGAGUUAGCUCGUGCAUUAUCUUGUACAUAAAGACAAUAGAAUGCUGAUUACUCCUUUUGUUAAGAAAUUGCCAGCCCAGAGAAUUAUGCAGCUCAGCGACAGACAUGUGUGACUCUGGUUUUACUCUUAAUAUGAUAAGAGCUGCUCUGUUCUGUACCUUUUGGGGUUGGUCGAUAUAUCAAUUACAUGCUGAGCUGUAUAUUACGUCACCAUAAUCAAAAUAUAAUGGAUAAGGUAGCACUUAUCACUGGUUCUACGAGUGGAAUAGGCCUUGGUAUUGCACGGGCACUGGCAAGCAAGGGACGUUCCAUUCUCAUGACAGGGUUCGGCAGUGAGGAGCUUAUUGAAAAACACAGGACUGAAAUAGAAAGAACCUACAAUGUUCCCGCCAUUUACCUAUCUGGAGACCUAUCACGUGAGGAUGACGUCAUGGAUAUAUGCAACAAGAUACACUCUCGGUAUCCAGGAGGAGUUGAUAUCUUAGUCAAUAAUGCAGGUUUUCAAUACGUAAGUCGGGUAGAAGAAUUCCCGCUCGAUAAAUGGAACAAUAUGAUAUCUUUGAUGCUGACUGCUCCAUUCCUUCUCACUCAAAACCUCCUACCGGGAAUGAGAACAAAAGGAUGGGGUCGUAUUAUCAAUAUUUCUUCAGUGCAUGGUCACGUGGCUUCUCCCAACAAAACAGCUUACGUCACAGCUAAACAUGGCAUUCAGGGAUUUACAAAGGUGGUUGCAUUGGAAACGGCUAGGUCAGGAGUCACGUGCAAUACUAUAUGUCCCGGAUGCGUCCAAACAGAACUUUUUGAAAAGCAAGUAGAUGAAAUAUCGGAACAAAGAGGGAUAUCCUGGCAAGAUGCGAAGGUAAUAUUCAGAUAUACUGGGAAUGUAGAUGCAAACCGAAUAUUAGAGAAAGUUAUGUUGGAGAAGCAUCCGUCUAAGGAAUGUACCACUGUGGAGCAGGUGGGAGAAGCAGUCAAUUUCAUCUGUUCAUCGGCUUGUGACAACAUGACUGGGUCAUCUAUAGUUCUAGAUGGUGGAUGGACUGCGGUCUAAACUAGCUUUUGGGACCCAAAGAGCAGGAGGUCGUGCUAAUGGAGUUUGAAAUAAUUACACUGAAACAAACUCCUCAAAAAAGUUUGGAAAUCUGACUUUGAUCGAUAAUCCCUCCCUUGUUUUAGUAAAUAUUAAUGUG